AGGAGGGCUGAGUUUAAGCCACAAGAAAAUGGACGCUUCUGUUUUCGUAUACAGUGAAACACUGCUGUCGAACUGGUAUAGGAAGUAACUGGCGGUUCUGUAGCUAGAUGUGAGUUUUCUUGUAGCCGAUAGCUCCGAUGAUUGUCCUCUAAUUUGAGGUAGCGGCGGCCAUUUUCACGAAGACCAAUCUACCAAAUUCGUAGGCGGCGGAGUUGCGGGUUUUCCGCUGGAGCAACAGCAGCACUGCUGAUCUCACCCGGCCGAGGCCCUCUCACUUAUAGCAUCCACGGUGAUUAAAAGACCGAGAGAAGACCUUGUUGUAUCUGGCAGCAGACAAUCCAGCUGUGAGGAAACAGAGUGUUUUCUGGACCUCACAUGAGGAUGACACACGUCACUGAUUACCUGACGAUGGACAAGGACAGGCGUCGCAUGACUGAGAGGAUACUUAAUCUUACUCUGGAGAUCAUCUACCUGCUGACUGGGGAGGAUUACAUAGUAGUAAAGAAGACAUCCAGUGAACAUGAGACACCCAGCAGAUGUUCCCUUGUGUCAGGAGGACUAAGCAGGACCCAGAACCCCAUCAUGGAGCUGCCACCUCACUCACUGAUACAUUGGACAGGCAAUGACAAGAAGAUCCUGGAACUCUCCAACAAGAUCAUUCAGCUGCUGACUGGAGAGGAGGUGGCCUAUCUAAAGGAACACAAGGGUCUGUGCAGCAAAGUUUUGAUGGAGAAACAACCGCCUCUCAAAUCACUGGAUGGAUCCAGUAACAGAAAUACCCCAGAGAGAUGUCACCGUCCUCUUUAUACACAGAAUUUUACAGAGGAGAACCACAGGAUACCACAGGAGGAUCAGGGUGAUUAUCUGACUAAUAUUAAGGUAGAAGAUACAGAAGGAGUAGAGACCUUUGUGAGGCUUGAACAGCAGUCUAAGGGGCAGGGAACAGAUAUCAGCACAGAUGGAUCCAGUAACAGAGAUACCCCAGAGAGAUGUCCCCAUCCUCUUUAUUCACAGGAUUGGACAGAGGAAAAUCACAGGACCCCACAGGAGUAUCAGAGUGAAGGUCUGGUUUAUAGUAAGUCAGAAUAUAUGGAGGGAGAAGAAGAGAUGUAUGUGAGGAGUGAUCAGCAGUGUAAGGAGGAAGAAAUACCUACAGAUAACAGCACAGAUGGAUCCAGUAACAGAGAUACCCCAGAGAGAUGUCCCUGUCCUCUUUAUUCACAGGACUGUACAGAGGAGAAUCAUAGAAAUCCACAGGAGUAUCAAGAUGAAUAUCUGACUGAUAUAAAGGUAGAAACUAUAGAGGAAGAAGAAGAGAUGUAUAUGAGGGGUGAUCAGCAGUGGAAGGAGGAGGAAAUCCCUGCAGAUAUCAGCACAGAUGGACACUACAAGAGGAAUACCUCAGAGGAACGUCUCUGUUUAUCGUCAGAUGGUGACAUCACAGAUGACAUCACACAAUUUUCUCUAGGAGAAAACUGUGUUACUCCAAUGACAAAUCCAGUACUACUUAGCACAUAUAUGUCACCUGCUCUCGCUUAUCAUGAGGAAUGUUCCCCUGACAGUGUCACAUCUAUUACAGCUCUUAAAAUAGGUAACACAUUCCCCUGUUCUAUAGAUCAAACAUAUUUUAAACAGAUCACAAAACCUAUUACCCAUCAGCCAAGGAAGAAGAGAAGUGUGAAGCGAUAUCCGUGUUCUGAAUGUGAGAAAAGUUUUACACAGAGAUCACAACUCCUUACACAUAGUAAACUUCACACAGGUGAAAUAUCAUUUCCAUGCGCUGAGUGUGGGAAAUGUUAUACAAGGAAAGAACAUCUUGUUUCACAUCAGAGAAGUCACACGGGUGAGAAGCCAUUUCCAUGUUCUGAGUGUGGGAAAUGUUUUGCACAUAAAUCAAUUCUUGUCACACAUGAGAGACGCCACACAGGCGAGAAACCAUUUCGAUGUUCUGAGUGUGGGAAAUGUUUUGCGCAGAAAUCGGUUCUUGUUAGACAUGAGAGAUGUCACACAGGUGAGAAACCAUUUGCAUGUUCUCAGUGUGGAAAAUGUUUUGCACAGAAACAAAUUCUUGUUUCACAUGAGAGAUGCCACACUGGUGAGAAACCAUUUCCAUGUUCUCAGUGUGGGAAACGUUUUGCAUAUAAAUCAGUUCUUGUUACGCAUGAAAAAAGUCACAAAGGUGAGAAACCGUUUAGAUGUUCUGAGUGUGGGAAAUGUUUUGCAUAUAAAUCCGUUCUUGUUACACAUGAGAAAAGUCACAAAGGUGAGAAACCAUUUCGAUGUUCUGAGUGUGGGAAAUGUUUUACACAGAAACCAACUCUAGAUAAACAUCUUAAAACUCACAGUGGAGAAAAGCAAUUACAAUGAGCUGAGACAUAAGGAGCAUUAAUACUUUAAAUAUUGUGUCAAUACAAGGUCAUGACAAGAUGGUACAAACCCCCCUCCCUCCUUCAUGCUAUAUACCCCUCCUCAUCGGCACUUUGCUGGCGCUGCUCCUCCCCUUCAGGCACCCUUCUACAUAUCUGGUGGACAUGCCCUCUAAUACAGCCCUUCUGGCAGGAAGUCAUACACAUCUCACAGCGCAUCCUUAAGACCCAGAUUCCACAGGACCCAGCAUUCUGGCUUAUCAAUCAUUCUACAAUUCCUGUGUCUCAACACAAACACUCCCUUCUACGACACCUAAGCAACGCAGCACGUGCUGUGAUCCCAGCCAAGUGGAGAGCCCACUCUCCACCCACGAGUCGUGCAUGGUUCACCAAGUUGAACUAUUUUAUGAGAAUGGAGGAUCUGUUUCUAUCAUCAAUAGGCAAAUCUAGUGAAUUCGUCACCACAUGGGCACCUUGGUUGGAAUACAAAUCCUCCCAGGCUUACCUGGAUAUUCCCUUGGAUGGUAAUUAAAAUUUUUCCUAGCUACAUUCCAUAACCUUAUUAAGUGGUACCCCUCCCCCCCCCCCCUCCCUCCUCUAUGUUCCUAACUCCCUCCGACCUUAUCUUACCCUCUUCCUCUCUUACCUCACCCAUCUUUCUACUUAUAUCUUAACGCCUUCGGGUGCCCCCUAUUCUUUAACUCUUAUUAAUAUACUAUUCUACAUACUCAAGAGUUGUGGAGAUGCCCUCACGGACGCGGGUAAAAUUUAUCUCCUGCAUCACUAAGUAAACACCACCCUCAACACACCUAUGAUUCUACAGGGAUGUCUACUAUUCUUUUAGACAUCUGUUUAAUGCACUUCAAACUUAAUGUAUUUGCACUGUUGAUGUUGAGAUUUUUGUGCCUGUAUUUGUGUGGGAGCUUUCCCGCUAUCUGUUGAUGCAUCUAAAACCCUUGAAUAAAAAAAACUGAUUAAAUUA